CGCUCUCCAUCUGCUGCCGGCAGUGUACAGAACUUGACCUUUAUGAGCUUUUAAUCAAAAUUAAUUUUCUACCCACAUAGGGCAAAUGCCAGUUGGCCCCUGUGCCAGGCAGUUUGCUGGAGAGAAGUGCUCUUGAGCAGCGGUGCGCCACGGCCGCGCUCGCAGACUGCGUUCCAGUCUUCUCGCCGCGCGCCUGAAAUCGGAGCGGCGGCAGCCACGAUCCCUCUGGUGGCGGUAGCAAAAUCCCGCUCCAAGCACCAGACGCCCAGCACAACGGGCACAAAGAACCUCGCUGGCUGAAGAAGACCUACCAGGGCCUGGGAGGGUAGUGGAGCAGAGACUGAAAUGACCCGCCUAACAGAAAACUAUCUGAGAACGCAUUCCGACCACUUAUUUGGAGACCUUAUCCCUUUCCUUCGGCGCAUACAAAGGCACCAAUCCCUCCCACAGGGUAGACACUCGGUGACUAUUACUCUUGUGCCUAGGGCUCAGCGCCCUGCUCCGCUCCCUAUAUUCGCCAGCGGUGUAGAUCUAGCAACCGUAAGAAGCGGGAUGUGAGGAACGAAUCAGAGAAAGGUUCGCGCUCAGGGACGCUCGCAAAACAGAGGAUGUGGGUUUAAUUAACACAUCGAAUGUUAGAAAAAGAGUGCUGAGCAGGGGUUCUGUGAAGCCAAGUUUCUGGAAGGGGCACCUGUUUUUGCACCGCGGGACAGAUGAUCUUUCUCUAAAUUAGGUCCCCCUGGUUUUUCCAUCCGUGCCCAAGGUGUGAUCUGGCGCGGCAUAGGACACAGCUUGAAUUUGCAGGCCUGGACUUGGAGAGAGGGGUUCCGCUACAAAGAGGCGCGCACCCCUACUCUCACUCUAUGCGCUAACUCAGAGUUGCAUUUUCCCUCCAUUCUACAUUAAAAUUCAAAAGCGGGCACAGCGGAACCUUCUGGAAAGGGGCUAAGAUGAACUCAGGAGGCGGGGGUCGGUAUGGAAAGAGCAGAUGGAUUAUUUUUUUCCCUCUCCUGACGAAUGAGGAGCACCCCCGGCCACCCCUCCUCAUGGACCCCCCCAAGUGCGCAUGCGCAGUUGGGCGGCAGGCGGAUACUUAAGGCGCAGCUACCGCGGCUGCGGCAGUGCGCCCAACAGCGGACUCCGAGAGACCAGCGGACCUCGGAUCCGGCAGCACUCGCUCUCAACCACCAACCCACCACCCUUGGAACCAUGGCGGCAGUGGCGGCAGCCUCGGCUGAACUGCUCAUCAUCGGCUGGUACAUUUUCCGCGUGCUGCUGCAGGUGUUCAGGUACUCCCUGCAGAAGCUGGCCUACACCGUGUCGAGAACCGGGCGGCACGUGCUGGGAGAGCGCCGCCAGCGGGCCCCCAACUGAGGCUCCAGCCCCCAACCCUGGGCGGCCGUGUCACCAGGUGCUCCUGUGCAAUUCCACCAGCAUGGGAGCCAGUGCCGCACAGGAACGGGGCGUCCCCUGUGCCCUCUCGCCAGAGGAGCACUUGCCAAGGUCAGUGAGGGGCUGGUAGGCCCCCAGAGAAGCAGCACCGACAAUGACGACAAUACCAGAUUCCUUCCCCACCCCUUUGCACCCAUCCUGCUGCCGGUGGCAUAGAGGGAGGAGGGGGGAAUGGAGGGAGCAGACCCCUGAGAUCUGGGCACAGGCAACACAUUCUGAUCUGGACCAAGUCGGGACAGCGCCAAUCAAGCCCGGCAGCCACGGCCAUGCCAGCAGGCCACACCACAGACAUCCAGACACCCACACCAGCCAGCAGAAUGGACAGUUCAACAUCACCAGCUGAAGCCCUGAAUCUUGGUGCAGCAGACAAGUGACAACUGCGUGCCUGUGUGGCGGGACUAGAGGGCGAGGGUGAGGGAGGAGGGUUAAGAAGCAGAGAGGGGCCCUCUCACUGUCCCUUGCCUACGGCGCAUACAUUCCAGCCUUGCUGCCUUUGCUCCUUCAAUUCCUCUUUCCCCCCACUCCCACCCAAAAGAAAUGCAUCACUCAAUUUGGACCUACUGAACAAGAAGACAAAUCCCAUCUUUACCAAAACACCUUCUCCAAGCCCCCAGCCCCUCACUGAUCUUGCAUCCCCCAGGUCUCACGCAAUUGUGGUCAAUAUUGUGGUAAUCGCUAACUGUAAUGAUUGUAUAAGUGUGCAUUAGUUGUGUCUCCCCGGCUAGAUUGUAAGCUCCUGGAGGACAGGGACCGCCUCUACAAAAAAUAAAAAAAGUACCUCCCCCGUCUUGCAAUGUCCCAGGACCCUGCGGGGCGGUGGAGGCGCACCAAAAA